GCAAAACCUCUCCAAAAAAAAAAAAAAGACUGAUCAUUUGGGCACCCCCUUAUAUAAGACUAGUUGCGGACUAUUAGUCAAAAAUUAUCUCCACUAUAAACAGGGAUCCUCACUCACUUACCACCCAAUUCAAGGAAAAUUCUUCAAGAAAGGAAGGAGAAAGGAGAAACUGUCAAGAAUGUGAGAGGCAGGAAAGCCAGAGGAGUUAAACCUUACCUGGUCUGGGGAUGAAGCUGCAAGGAGGAAUGUGGGAUCUUGCUAGGGGAAAGUAGGUAGUUGAGGAAGCCACGGGAAGAAUUAAGAUUUGACAGAGACGAGGGGAAACUUAGGUCCAGUGCGACCUCCAUGAAGAUGAUGCAAGUGAAUCAAGAGGAGAAUCAGCGGAUGGGCGAAAAAUGGGAGCAACAGGAAAUGGGAGCAGAGUGAGACAGGGCUGGGCGUCUUGUGGAGUGAGCUAAGGCUGGUGUCUCCCCAGAGCCACUCCCUGGAUCCUUCUGCCCUCAGAGGGACCUUUGCCCCACCACAGCCCACCCCGAUAGCCUAUCUCUGCUAGGACCAGUCUGUCCUGUGCUCUGAACUACCAAACCCUUCGGACGUCCGAGGACCCAGCUUGGUCUCGUUCCUGUGGAAUAGCUGCCUCAGACUAGGUAGGUGUGAGGCUCUAAGUCUCAACUCCGUGAAUAUUGGGAGCGGCAGUGGGACACUGAAAGAGAUGUUGUCGCGUGUCCUACCUCCUGAUAGGAAGGCCCCACGUUUGUUUGUUUAUCUAGGUCUAGGAAACAUCCAGCUCUCGUGGUCACAGGGCAUGGAGGAGACAGCUGGUCAGCAAGAGGACAGACCUGGCCUCCGUCUGGAAAAACUACAGCAGUGGGCGAGGCACAGACGCAAUGGGCACCUCUUGGUUCUGGCGGUAAGCCAGCUGUGGCUGGCCGCAGCUGUGAUGCCCUUCGCCGUCUCGGUUGCAUGCCUGAACUCUGCUUGUCACGUGGCCACAGCACUGCCACUUGGGCCUGGAGCCUCAGGUUUCGUCACUGGGAUUAUCACCCUUGAGCUUCGCAGAGCGCCCCGCCUCUGGAAGGUGCGGGCCAUGAUGAUACUCAACACCUGCAACCUGAUCUUGGGCUUCAUAGUGGUGGUGGUCGAGGUGAUGAAGACAGCCUUGAGGCCUGCCCCGACUGCACCCUCCCAGCUGGCUGGCUUGCUGGUACUGCAGCUCAGCGUGGAAGCCUUCACCCUAGGGGGAGUGCUGGUCUCAGCCUACGCUCUGCUCCUGCUGAGCCAGAGGAAGCCAGGAUGCUGCAGGAGCCAGAGUCUUCACUACCAGGAGCUGCAGGAGGGCCUCUCUGAGCUGGAGGAGGUGCCUGGUUUGGAGAAUGGUUCCUCGGGGGCCCGCACAGGAAACGGAACAAAUGAGUGAGCAACAAGAGCGCUGCUUUCCUUCCAGUAAAGGAGCCCUCUCCAGCUGCUCCUGCGGCCCAUCCCACGACUCAAGCUCCUGGACUCCCUUGAGACUCACGAAGUCCGCGGGACUGCCUUCAGUUUCCACCUAGCGCAGGCCCUUCCCUUGCCCACUAGAGGAAGGUACACCUGGACCAGAGUCCUCCCUCACCUCGCUGCCCUGCAGGCUGCUCCCCGCGUCCAUCUUUGCUGCCUCCCCAGACAGCUGCACACCUGACCGUCUCACUGUUCUCUGCACCUUUCACUGUCCCAUCGACGCCAAGCCCAGGUCCCCGCACAUGCCAACUCUCUGAAUCCAAUUCGGGGGCGCCCGAGUUCUCCCCCUCCAUCCUCUUAUUUUACUCCAGCGGAGACUACAAGCCCCAAGAUGCCCCGCCACCCCGUGACCUGCUGGGAAAUAAAGAGCCUUUCCUCCGCGGAGGGGGCGCUGUGCAUCUGCUGAGUGACGCGAGGCGCACAAGUCAGGGCCCAGCCGAGAGUUCCCUCGGACGCGACCACUGGCCCCGCGCACGGGGAGAAGCCGGCCGGGCAGCC